AUGGCUAGUUUACUUGAACAAUUGCCUCCAUUUGGUGAUAAUAAUGAUAUUGAAAAUAAUAUUCCAAAAAGUUUUCUAAAUGUUCUACAAGAACUUUAUCAUGAUGGUCGUUUAACAUCAUGGAAAGUUCGCGGACAAGGAGAUGUUCUUUCUGUUCGUUUAACAUGGUUGGAUCCCAAUCAUCGAAAUGCAUGCAUUAAAGCAAAAGCUCGACAACAUUUAGCUGAUCUCGAUGAAAUUGAAGAGGAUCCUGACUGUGAAACCUUUCCAACAGGUUCGGUCGUUUCAUAUGUUACCUAUGAUAAAAAUGUAAAACGUGAAUUGAAUGAAUAUUCUACACGAUUAAGUUUACUGGUUGACAAAUUACAAGCUGAUUUAGCUGAACGUAACGUACAAAACAGUCAUUAUUCGCUACGAGGAAAAAGUAAAGAAGGUCUCAAAGCUCAUCAACAACAAAUUGCAACUGAAAUCUGUCGUGCUCGUGUGGCUAUUAGUGGUCCUCUUCGUCCUGUAUUACAAGUACUUUAUGCUCUUCAAACUAUUCUUAUUUCUAUUCCUUCUGUGGCAACUAUUAUCACACUAUAUAUUUUACUUUUUCAACGAACAUAUUCUUCAUCGAAACCACUAAAUUCUAUUCUUGAUCAUACAGGUUCAAAUCCAAAAUCAAAUUCAACACAUGAAGGAGAUUUACACAAUCUAUUAGUACAAGAAACAGAAAAAGUUCUUCAAACAAAUUUACAAAAUUUUCAAAAAGCAUUAACAACACCAAAUUCAUCUAUAAAUACGAAUAAUUUCGAUCAAAAAUUAGCACAAAACAUUUUUGAUAAGUGUGUAAGCAAAGAAAUCUUUCAAGAGCUACCUGAAGUUAUCGAGACUUCAGCACCGACAUUAAAAUCACAGAGACAAUCCUCAAAUACAUCAUCAUUAACGUCGCUUACAAAACCGUCAACUUUUCCACCAACUUGGAGUAAUACAUCCCCACGGACUUCAACUACAUCUUGGGAGAUCAAAUCUCGUAACGAUAAUAUUCGAAAAAUACGCGUACCAAAAGGUUCGAUAGUCAACGAACAAGACGAUACUGAAAAAGUAGACGAAAAUCGCGAACAAAUAAUACAUAGUACUAGUAGAACUCAACCUACAACAGCAACUGAAAGUAUUGAAUUGGCUAAUGGUCUUCGAUUAGAUUUAAGUUCACUUGAUGGUGAAAUAUCGAAUUCAAAAAGUAAUCGACAUUCCCACGACUCCGAUUUUGAAGCAAUUAACAGAUCUAUUGCACGUGUUGGUGAAUGGCAAACAAAUUUUACUCUAGUUGAAUCAAAGACUUCAUCACACUCAGGUGAAGAAACACCGCGUAGCACUCGUGGAUCUGUGUUUUUAACAAUUCCAAUUUCUGAUAAUAAAUAUUCAAGUCCACGUGUUGGGGAUAAACCUCUUGAAGAUCUUGCUGAUGAUGAUUUAUAUGCUAACGAAUCUUCAUCAUCAUAUCCUAUACCAAUAAAUACAGCGACAAUUGGUGAACAAUCGCAAUUUAGUGAUAACGAUUCAGCCAAUAUUCGUAAAUUUUUUCCCUUACCAGCUAAUCUUCUUUUACAAAAUCAUUCCUCCUGUUCAUUUCGACGUCCAUCAUAUACAUAUGAAUCUGAUAAUGAAUCUAUAACAUCAUCCAUUCCAAGUUUAACUGAAAUGAAAACAUCAGUGGAUGAAGAAAAAUUUCGUAUGGAUCCAAAUAUAACGGAUCCGAAAUUUGUUGUACGACCUAAAGAUACAACUGCACGUUGCGGCGAAACGGCAAAAUUCAAAGUAAAAGUGGCUGGUACAGCACCAGUUGAUGUGUUUUGGUUUCGUUUUGGUACUGACGAUGAAAUUGUUAAUGAUGAAAAAUAUCAAUUAAGCCAUGAUGAUACGUUUCAUUAUUUAAAAAUUUAUUCAACUAAUAAAGAUGACCAAGGUGCUUAUUUAUGUGUUAUUGCUAAUGAUAAAGCACAAAAUGUUGACAUGAUCAAAUUGUUUGUUAAAGAUAAUAAACGAUCAUUUAACCCACCGCAGAUCAUUCAAGAAUAUUCGGAUGCAGAUGUCAAUGAAGGCUCCUCACUAACACUCAAAUGUAAACUUGAUCUAGGUUAUCCAAAAGCAAGAAUUCUAUGGUAUAAAGAAAACACAUUAAUUCAGCCAAACGGACAUUAUAAAUUAUAUUAUUAUGGUAAUGGACAACACGCAUUACAUGUAGAUGAAGCAACAAUCGAGGAAGACAAUGGGACAUUUACGUGCUUGGCACUUAAUGCUGCUGGUCGUGUGCAAAUUACAGCCGAUGUGUUUGUUCACGAAAAAGAAGUUAUCGAUAUACCAAGAGACUCACCAAAAGUUAAACAUCAUGACAGAGUAUUAAAAAACAAAAAACCAAGUAACGAAAUUGCAACUAUGAAUCAUAAUGACGAUGAAGCACCGACAAUUUCUCGAUCGAUAUCACCUUUGCAAAGAAGUGCUGUGAGUGAUAAUGAAGAACACGAUAAUGCAAAACGUUUUAUGGAUAAAUUUAAAAACGAUCGAUCAAGUAAAUUACUUGAAAAUUGGCGAAAUCUUUAUGAAGCAAGUGUUAAUUCAUUACAAUCAGAUGACGAUGAACCAAAUGCUAUAAUGCCACAACCAUUUUAUCUUAAUAAACAAUCAUCAAUUGAAAAUCCUUUAAAAGAAAAUCCUCGUUCACCAAUUUUACUACCUCAAUCAGAUUCUAAUCCAGGAAAAUCAAAAUGGGCAAUACGUUUGCCUGACUUACUUAACACUACUGUUGGUCCAGAUCGUCAAAAACGUGAUUCUACUCGACGACACACAACUAAUAUUGUUUUAGACCAAGAACAACAGCAACAAUCUGCUUUCAUUCCACAAAAUAAAGCUAUCAAUCCUCUUUCACAAUCUUUAUCUGCAACUCCUAUGUCGAAUAAUGUUGACGAUGAUCGCCCAUCAAGUCCACUUGUUAAACAUCUACGACAAAAAUUUGAUCGAAUGACAGCAAAUAAUUUAAUAAAUGAACAAAAUAAACUUCAAUCCCAAUCGCAAACUGGUUUAUCGAAAAUUCAUCGAGUGGCUAGUCUUACAUGUCGAGGAUUAACAGCAAAUAGUGGCGAUCGUUCAGUGCAAAAACCUCGUCCAAUGUUGCCAGUUCAACUAUCGAAUCAAACCGAUUCAACAAAGAAAAGUUCAAAUCGUAGUGCAUCAUCCGAUAAUAAAACAACGAUAGACAAUGAUCGCCAUCAAAGAGGUAAAACAAGUCCACCAAUAAGCUAUCGAAAACAUUCUCACUCUUCACGUUCAACAACAUCAGUUGUAAAAGAUAUAAUAGGUGGUAGUGGUGGUGGUGGUGGUGGUGGUGGUGCUACACUUGUCUAUGAUAGUUUAAUUCAAGAUAAUAAUACGCUGCACAUUACUAUUCCUUUGCUUCAAAAUGAUUAUUAUCCAAAUCAUCACCACCAACAACAACGAAAAGAGCAUGUGCGAGUCGAACAAACUGCACAAAGCUUGAAAACUAAUCUAAUUAACAAAACUAAUACUAACACAAAUCUAUUAAUACUAACAGGAAGACAAUUACAAUCUAACUCUUCUCAUAAUACAAAGCCAAUUAAUACUAAAAUACAAAAUAAUCCCCUACUAACGAGAAUGACACAGACAGAAAGAAUAAAAGAAAAAGAAGACGAAGACGAAGGAAAUACGAUUAGUGACGAUGAUGAAACAAAAAAUCAGCAAAAUUCUUUAUCAACCAAAGACUCUUUAAAUCGAUCAACAUCUAUGUCAGAUAACUUUUCUAUUUCAGCAAAACAUGUACAACACCAAUCUAAUGGAACAUCGUUAGACUCCAAUUUACAGAUGUCAUUUGAUCCCUUAGCAAUACCAGUUGGACGAAAAUCUGUUCUUGCACGUGCUGAACUUUGGGAUCGUCGUAUAAGUACAAAUGAUACCGAAACAAAUAUUCAACUAACAACAUAUGAUAUCGAACAAUGGUCAACUGAAUUUGAAAAAAUACAAAAUCAAAUUAAAUAA